AUUUUUUUUGCUUCUUUUCAUUUUUUAUUUUUUGGCAAUGCUAAUUGACACCCUUUUAUUUUUUUACACUCUCUAUAAUCAUGACGGACUCGAAUAUACCCAUGGAAUUCCCAGGUGCUGCGGGCAGGCCGUUGAGAAACCCUGACGCAUCGAUUGUCUCAGCAAUUUCAUUUGCUGCUGGCCAAAGUACCACUUAUGCCAACGACAGCAUCGCCACCAGCCAGCCUCCUCGUCACAACGAUGCCGCGACAAGGUUUAACACAGAGAACCAAUCGGCUGAUGUGUUGAUGGACAACGAAAACGACAAUGACAAUGACGAGUACGACGAAGACGAAGACGAAGACGGAUGGCCAGAAAGCCAAUCUCUUUUCACUGUACACAACCACACCAGCCACCCGCUCAACACUCUCUCAGAUAUAAAUCCACGUCAGUCCAGAGGCAGUGUUGGCAGCAUUGGCAGCAUGAUACCCUACGAUAGCGCCUUUGGCAGCCACGAAACAGACGUUAUAACCGACAACCCAGGCAUGAUUAAUGGGCACCCGGCAUCGCCACGCUCAAUAAGGAGACUGCGCAACCGAAUGGCUGCCGCUCGCAUGCGUACACGGCAGAAGCAGCAUCUGGAAGACCUCGAACAGCGUAAGGAGAAGUUGGAGCAGCAGGCAGCGAAUUUGGAGAGUGAGUUGCGCGCAGUUCAGCGCAAGAAUAACCCGCUAAACUCAUCUAUCGACAAGCUGUCAGAGAUGAUCGAUGACUUGACAAAGGUCGAGUCCACCAUGCUCUCAGGUAUAGACGAGUGCAAGAGCCUGCUAAAGAACCUUGAGAGACUGUACUGGGAGCGAAAUCCCUGACGCAUCAAAAUAAACAUAUUUUUAAGAGCGCUGUGGCACCCUUACAUUUUUCAUAUAUUUUUACAUACUCUCUCCCUCUCUUAUUUAGCGAAACUGUGAAAUAAUUUUUCAAAUGCAUAUAUAAUAAUACUACA